CACUUCCCUUCCGCCAGUCGAGAAAGACUCCCUCCCCCAGAAACACCUUUUUCUUUCUCUCCACCGAAAAAUAAAGUUGGAUUUUUCAAGAUCCGAUGACUCGAUUCAAAUAUCACUAACACUAAAAUUCUUCAUCAGAUCAGCAUCAUCCAAUCUCUUUCCACACAUACACACCAGAUCUCAGGUCCACAGAUUUACCACAUUGAAGUUUCACUGGUAGAAGAAACAGAAAAUUUUUUGUUUAGGAUUUAUCUUCUAGUUGAAUCAUUUGAAGCUGUUGAUUGAAUGGCUGACAGUUCUUGCAUCAAGCGCCUUCAAAAGGAAUACAGAGCACUUUGUAAAGAACCAGUUUCCCACAUCGUUGCCCGUCCUUCACCAAGUGACAUUCUUGAGUGGCAUUAUGUUCUGGAGGGAAGUGAAGGCACACCAUUUGCAGGUGGAUUCUACCAUGGGAAGAUUAAGUUUCCUCCGGAGUACCCAUUCAAACCACCAGGCAUCAGCAUGAUUACACCGAACGGACGUUUUAUCACUCAAAAGAAAAUAUGCUUGUCCAUGAGUGACUUUCAUCCAGAGAGUUGGAACCCAAUGUGGUCCGUAUCAAGUAUUCUCACAGGACUUCUGUCAUUCAUGAUGGAUAACAGUCCCACCACUGGAAGUGUCUCAACUACUGCAGCUGAGAAGCAGAGACUUGCAAAGGCUUCUCUUGCUUUUAAUUGUAAAAGCCCGGUAUUCCGGAAAAUGUUCCCUGACUACAUUGAGAAGUACAACCAGCAGCAGCUUGCAGAGCAAUCAGUUUCCAACCAGUCAUUACCAGCCCAAAAGGGUGAUGAUUCGUCGCCACUUCUUGCGGUACCAGCAGGCAGGAAUGGAACAGUAUUGCAAGAAGGUCAAGUUAACGGUGAAAUUCGGAACGAAGCAGUGAAAAACAACAAAAAGGGAUCCAAAAACUUCCCCGUCUGGUUGCUGUUUGUGCUAUUCUCUAUAUUUGGAGCUGUGAUGGCCUUGCCUCUUCUUCAGCCUUGAUAAUCUUGUGGUGAAGAAAGUCUUUUUUUAUAGAAGGGAGUCUGUUGGGUUGUUAGACAUGGAAAACCAGCAAACUUUUGUAUAGGUGUGAUGAGGGGUAAAAGCGAAGGGAGUUAAAAAGGGGUUUGUUUUCAGUUGUUGUCGAACACAGAGCUAAAUGGGGGAAAUAAAUAGCAGGAAUGGUCAUGCCAAAGUAGCCCAUUGCAGCUGUGUGUUGACAUAUCGGAAACAUAACAAUGUGUUUAUCUAGCUGUUACUUAGGCCAUCUAAGUUUCAAAACAUGAAAACACUUUUUUUCUGGUGAUGUCGUAUAUAUACCUAUAGUUUCUCUUUGGGUUUUUCAUUUCCUCAGUGUGUUGAACUAGUUUUGUUUCCAAGUAAGCUGAAGACUAAAAUUGACAUAUCUGUGUACAUGUUUAGGUCUUUAAACCGUCUCAACCCGAAAUAAAUUUUUGGUUU